AUUAGUCCACAAAAAAACCAAAAUUUGAUACUCUUAAAUAAAUUUAACUAAAAUUAAUUUCAGCUUUCCAAUCCCAAGGCUUCAAAAGCUAUUGCGUGCCCUUUUCUUUAUUUCACCCACUGUCACACUCUUCCUCAGCUUCUGCACCAGAACUUCUCUCUCAUCUCAAUGGCCACUCCACAUUACAGUCUUCUUCAUUUUGUCGUUGUUGUUCUUCCUCUCAUUUCCGCAUCCACGUCUUCUCAGCAAAACAUGAACCCAUUGGACUUGAAGGCCCUUCUCUCCAUCAAGAACACCCUCACCGAAGUCUCACCCUUCAAGCCCUUCUUCUCCACGUGGAACCUCACCGCACCGGAUCCCUGCUCCUCCUUCUCCGGCGUCACGUGCUUCCUCCGCCGCGUCUCCAUUCUCUCCCUCGGCAGCAACUCGCUCCCACUCGCCGGCUCUCUCCCCGAGUUAGUCUCGCUGCUCACCGAGCUGACUCAGCUGAUCCUCUCCCCCGGAAUCGUCACCGGCCCCAUCCCUCCCCAACUCGGUCGACUCACUAAACUCCGAGUCAUCUCCCUCCCCAGCAACCGCUUCACCGGAACCAUCCCCUCCACGCUCUCCUCUCUGAAAAACCUCCACACCCUCGACCUCAGUCACAACCAACUCGCCGGGUCGGUCCCGCCGAGUCUCACCGAGUUGCCCCAACUCAAAGUCCUCAUCCUGGCCUCAAACUCCCUCACCGGCGCGUUACCAAGAACCGUUUCCUCGCCGUUACUCCACUUGGACUUGAAGAGCAACCAGCUUACGGGACCGUUAACAGUCUCACUGCCGUUAGCCCUCCGUUAUCUGUCCCUCUCGCAGAACCUCAUGUGGGGCCCUCUCACCAACGGGUUGGAGUCGCUCUCAGAGUUAGUGUUCCUCGACCUCAGCAUGAAUCAUUUCAGUGGGCCCAUCCCGGCCCAAUUGUUUUCCCUUCCCGCUCUCUCAAAUAUUUUCUUGCAACGGAACAAUCUCUCUGGUGGGCUCCCCAGGGGGCCCAGGCCCAGGCCCAACUACGCUGAAGGAUCCAUCGUUGAUCUGAGUCAUAAUGCUCUCAGCGGGGAACUCUCCGAUGCGUUUGACGGAGUGGAGAGCUUGUUCUUGAAUAAUAACCGCUUCACGGGGAGGGUGCCGGAGGUGUACGUUAAGAGCGUGUGCCGCGGCACCACCAGAACGCUCUACCUUCAGCAUAACUACCUCACGGGGAUUCCGCUGCAGGUGGGAACCGUGGUGCCCGAUACGGCGUCAUUGUGCUUUUCGUACAACUGCAUGGUGGCGCCGCCGAAGAUUAUGACGUGUCCGGCCAGCGCUGGCGGAGAGUUGCCGAGGCCGGUGGCGCAGUGCUCCGUGUUCAACAACCACAACCAGUGAGUCAUAUAUUCACUAUACCUUCCAUGUUUUCCUUUUUUGGAUUUUGAUUCAUCACGUAAAGUUGUAUUUUGUUAGAGAAAGAAGGUAGUGAUGAAAUGAAACAAGUUUUUUUUUUUUUUUUUUCUUUUUUUUUCUUCUUCAUGUUGUUCAUCAUACAUUUAUCGAUAU